UGGUGUAGCACUGCCUCGAAGUACGAUGGUCUGUAAUUUUAAUACAUAGUGUUUGGAAUUCGUACAAAGGUCAUUUCUGAUGCAUUGCCAGGUUUCUAAGUUACCUAGCAUCUAACAUAUUGAGUUUCUAAUACACUUGGCUUAUGUUCUGCAAUUUUGUAUCUUCGCGGUGUCUACGCUCCAGACUAAAGGAAAGGCUACUUCGUAUAGGUCCGUCUCUUGAGGAGUCGGCAGGAAUGAGACGAUAGAUAAAAACAUGCCUACCUGGAUUUCCCGAUGGUGGUGCCGUUUGGGAACGAUAAAUCUGGAAACUACCUGGUGCGGGUGCGCGCCCAGGUUAUGACCCGGGACGAUUCAUCCGGAGGGUGGGUGCCGAUGGGAGGAGGUGGCCUCAGCAACGUCUCCGUGCGGAAGCGGAUCAUUCCUUCCGAAGAUAAUCCAAAACAUGAGUAUUUUAUUUACGGCAAAAGGAUAGUAGACCAGUCAGUCGUCCUCAGCUGUACACUAAAGAAGGACUUUCAGUACAAUAGGGUAAUGCCAACAUUUUAUCACUGGCGGACAGGAAACAAGAAGUUCGGCCUCACCUUCCAAACAGCCGCUGAUGCCCGCGCCUUUGACAAGGGGGUGAGGCUAGCUGUAAAUGACUUUUUUGAUGGGACUGGUGAACCAUCUCGUAUUUAUGAAACAGAUCUUGGGGAUGAUGAAGUGUUUAUGACACUGGACCUACCUGUAGAUUCUCGCUCCUCUUCUGGAUCCAGCACAGCCAGUGGGAGUAUCCCAGGGUUCCUGAGACCUUCCUCUACCACAACUAGUAUUACAGGGGACUUGCUGUCCUCUGCAUCACCACCUUUUACACACCCUCAUGCCAACCACCACUAUCUGCACAGAAUACAUUACAUCCGCCCUGCUCGGAAUGUAGGAGGGUCUACCAGUGGCAAUAGUGGCGUGGGAACAGCUGGAGGAAGUGGCAGUCAUCCAGGAGACAAAGGACACAUAGAAGAAAUAUGGAAAAAAGACAAAACUAAAACAUUUUACAAAGAACAAAUGCUUUUUGACAGUGAUAAGAUUGAAACAAUCCCAACUGAACCCUACUCUUAUGUACAAUUUGCUAAAGAUAAGCCAUCUAGGACUGAGCAUGAAUAUUCUUACCCUGUAAUGGACUCCUUUAGGCUCGGAAAACGGGACUCAAUAAACAGUUUGAAAAAACAACAAAAUAUAAUCACCACACAACCUCCUUUGCUGCCAACAAAGUGUAAGAAAAAGAAAGAUAGACGUAAAGAAACCAGGAAGCAAUCACCACUUACUAGAAUUCAUUGUCGUUAUUGUCAAGAGAUGUAUAAUGAGGAAGACAACAGACGAGGUAGUUGCGAGUAUGCCCCAGACGGUGUAUUGUCUUGUAUCAAUGCUACAACCUGUAUUUCAUGUGCCCAGUGUAUGUUGUACCACUGUAUGUCAGAUGCAGAGGGUGACUUUAAUCAUCAUCCUUGCUCUUGUGACAACUCGGAUAACCAGUGUCGCCGUCGCUGGUUUGGUUUGGCUUUUCUCUCACUCUUUGUACCAUGUCUGUGGUGCUAUAUACCUCUUCAAGCCUGCCACCAUUGUGGUGUUCGAUGUAAUCUCUGUGGAGGCAAGCAUGACGCUGCCUAGUUUAUCAUCAUGUCAACCAUUGUGAAAAAUAGAAAAGAUAAACAUAUCUAUAAGCUAAUGAUAUACUAACGUGUCGAGUGUGCAUGCAUGUUUAGAUGUGUAUGUAUAUUGGAAUUCAGAAGAUUGUUUUGAAGUUUUCUUCUAAGAAGCGAUAUUUACAUAGUUGUUUCAGUCUUGUUUUUAGUCAAUAAGAAAAGAGACUUAUCCAGUAGUUCACUGCAGAAAAAGUAAAACAAGCAAUUUUUGAUAAACAUUACCUUCGCUGACAGUCUUCUUUUAAGUUACCCUGCCAUCUAUGAUGGCUAGCUUUUUUUUCUCUAACAGGAGCCAUGAAUUGAAGACUAAACUUACAUACCACUAAUAUGUUCAUAUGUCAGCAACCUACAAAAAUAUCAUUUCCAACUCCAAUAGUUUUAAAAUACCCAGAAGACUAAACUUACAUACCACUAAUAUGUUCAUAUGUCAACAACCUACAAAAAUAUCAUUUCCAACUCCAAUAAUUUUAAAAUACCCAGAAGACUAAACUUACAUACCACUAAUAUGUUCAUAUGUCAGCAACCUACAAAAAUAUCAUUUCCAACUCCAAUAGUUUUAAAAUACCCAGAAGAGAUUAUUUCUAACUUCAUCACAUGUCUUAAAAAUACCACAGGAAAGAUUAUUCCUAACUCUAGUACAAGUCUUUGGAAUAUCAUCUAAGAUUACCGAUAUAAAACACUGCACAGAAAAGAUUAUGCUUAAUCCCAUGACAAAUCUCAGACAUACCAUAUGCAUUGUUCUAAGACACAGUAAAUCUAAAUUUAUGUAAGCAUGAUUUGUUUGCAGAAAGUCUUGAUUGUUGUAUUUAUGAUGCAAGAUGUGGAGAUGAAACUAAAACAGUGGUGCUAUGAUUGCUUGUGUGUGUCUUUGGCACACAGUGGUGCUCUGAGUGUGUUUCUUCCUGACAGUCUUGAUCAUUUUAAAGAGUUUUAUCUUGUUCUCUCAUACUGUGCAUUUACUUGACCUAGCCAUGGAAGUCAUUCAGAGGUUGGCUUAUUUUUAUUAACUGCACUGGGAAUAAACUUGCCAAAUCUGUUUGUAAAGUCUCUAGUUUAGUAAAUUUGUCUACUUGCACAUUCUUGACCAAACUCUGUUGACUGAACAAAAAAUGUAACUUUUACACUUUUUACAACAAAAGAAAAACUGAUGUGACAUUGUUACAUCUGAUAAACUUUUUAAACUACAUGAGAACUAUUAAUUCCUGACUUGUUGAGUAUUAAUGCAAACCAACAUGAUAAAUAUGUAGUUUUUUAAUAAUUUAGAAAAGCAGAAAGAAAAUUAGUAGUAAAUACGACACAAUCUCCACUUGAUGAAAACUGCUUUCAUAAAGGUUUUGUAUGUUGUCAUUUGGUGUAAAAAUAAGUGUAAUCUAAUUUUAAAGCUUAUUGUUUUUAGUGAGGUAAUAUAUUUCAAUUACUUGUUAGAUGCACAACAGUGAAAAGUUCCAUUCGACAAAUGAGUAAAUAUGAGGUUAUGGUAUGGUAAGAAUAUUUUGUGAUGAAUUAAUAUAAAAAAAAAGACUAUUGGGAGAUGAUCGCUCCUUCAAGUGAUACAGUGCAGUGAACGAGGGUUAAAAUAUUAGCUAGCUGCUAUUUUUAUAAAAUAUUGUACAUAGCUUUGUGGUCAUGACAAGGACCAUAUUGAAAUCAAAGUACACAAUCAUAGGCAUGAAAAGCUAGAUAUGAUUUUAUUCUGUUUAAUAUAAAGUAUUUUUAUGACCAGCUACCUUCCAGUAUAGACAGCGGUGGCAAAAGAAUCGGAGUAAAGCUUGGGUAAUGCUUUAGCCCAUCUUACGGAUAUGUUAUUACAACCCAGGCUCUUUGUUAGUGUUCUGUGGCUGUUAUUAGAAUUCCAUUUAACUUUACUAUAUAUUUUUAACUUUUACUCCCUCAAAUGACCCAUGAAGAUAGGUCACCCAAGUUUAAAAUUUGCCUGUGCCUUAUGUUUUUGUGUGCAUAUUUCCCAUGCGAUUUUGUAUAUACUAUAAGCUUUUUAAAAGGAUAUUUUCUUCUACAGCAAACUUAAACUUGUGUUCUGUUUUAGAAAGUUGAAGUGCUUCCUGCAGUAUUUUUUAUUACAAUUAGCAAACACUUUGAAGUGAAUGUUGACGAUUAACCAAUUCCCUCACUAUCCUAAAUUACCAGUCAUUUUGUACAUAUUUGCUGAUAGUGUGUGCUUACAACACAAUGUUUUUAGCUAUUUCUUUCACCAGUACAAAAAAAAUUCAUCCUGAUGUUUUACAUUAUAAAAAUUAUUAAAAGACAUGAAUUCAAAAUAAACAUAGGUUUAAGAUUGAAUACUUCAAAAGUUUCUGAUUUUUAACCAUAAUUGGUUUUUUUUAUAAGGAAUAAUAGAUCAUAUUUUGUUUCUCCUAAAUUGCAAACAUUCUGAGUUCUGCAGUACAUGUUGUGAAAGAUAGUAUGCUCUUAAUGAAAAUUUCAGAACUGUUUCAUGAAGAAAGAAGUGCCUGAAGCCCAUUUUCUGUAAAUUACUCUGUGUUGUCUACAGCCCAAUGAUGUGCUUUGAAUAUUACAAAAUUUAGAUUGAAGCUUAAUUUUACAGAAUACUACAUUCUUAGAUAGAUUUACCUACUUAUUUCUUUUCCGUUCUUUGUUAUUUAGGUAUUGAUACACAGUUCUCUUGAAAACCUUGUGUGUAACAAGUUGGCGACUACAUUAAUCAUAUCAAAUUCCAUAAUACACUUUGUGGAUUUGUAAUUUUUGUUUGUUUUUAGUUCUCAUGAGAUUUAUUGAGUUCAUGUAAUUAUACAUGUUUUGUGCUAGUGAUUGUUUUUACACCAUGUUUUAGCUGACUCUAGUCUUUAAUAGUGAAGGAUAGAGGGGCAUGUUAGUCAUCUGCUUGCCUAAAAGCAAGUGUGAUACACCAGACAGCUGCUGGAUUUUACUGUUAUAAACUAGUGAAUUUAAAUGUCAUUGUGUUCUUUUCUAAAUAUGAAAUGCUUGUGCUGAACAAGAGCUUCACAACUCUUUACUUAUUUAACUAAAGCUACAAAACUUGAAAUGAGUUUUUAUUUUGUUGAUAAAAUCCUCCUUUUUCUAAUACACUUAAUACGAUUUAUACUUUUACACGUUUCUUACCACAGAAAGAUCUUAUUUGCAAUAUUUAUGUCAGUGAAUUUCUGUAAUUUUGGAUUUAUUAUGAAGGAGAAUGUUUUUAAUUUUGACUAACAUUUCAAUGCACUAACAUUGCACACAAUAUUUUGUAUUCUUAGUUAAAAACGUGAAUAUAAAACCCUUUAAUAGAAAAAUGAGACUAUGUGAAAGUUCUGAAACUUUUUGUUUUUCCAAACUAAACCAUAAAUUUACACUCAAAAAUUAAACAGUACAUAAAAAACAUGCCACCUAUCCAAGAGUUAAAUCUUGUCACAUUUACUGACAUUCUUUGUAUGUCAUUUAUUACCUUAAGGAAACAUUAUCCCAGACUUUAUUUAUGUUAUUUAUGUGUUUACUAUUAAAUUGUCUCUCCAGGUUUUAUCUUGGUUAUUCUCAGAUAGUUGUAGUUUGAAGCAGCUGAUUAGAUGUAUGAAAAUUGCUGUUUUCUUGUUUUUGAAACUGUUAUUGCCCAGUUAAGUCUGUUAAAAUAUUGUUGGAACUAUGUAAUGUAUAUACAUUUUAUGUUUAACAUAUACUGUAGUCAAAAGAUUAUAACUACAGCUUAUCACAAGUUUGUUGCUCAUGUGAACCAAUUCUAAUAUUUAGGGACUGAGGAAAUAAAACAUAAAAACCUCUAUUCCACUCCCUUUCCCAGCAAGGCUCAAUAAGCUUUCCUCAUUAGCUAGUUUCAGUGGGUUUUAAGCCUUAGUGUUGUUGAUAGCAAUGGUAAAGAAACAUACUCUAAGAAAAUAUAUAUUCUCCUAGGCUUCAAAUUGCUUGUCUUUCCAUAUGUAUGUGCAUAGAAACCUUAAAAACUAAUGUGUGACCUUUAGUAGUGUAUGUGAAUUCAGAUAAUUUGGUUAUUAUUUUCACACUAUGAUUUAGAUGUAUAAAGAUGUUAAAGUGUACUGGUUAAAAGUGUAUUUCAAAUUAUAUAAGUAACACGGCGCCUCCAUCUAACUAAUAGGUUUUAUUGUUUAAAAAUUGAACCAGAGCAUUAGAUAUCAAAGACGAGCAUUGUUACUUUUUUUUACAUGAAAUCUGUCAAAUUUUUUAAGAUACUGUUUUAUCCUAUUUUAUUAUAGUAUCUGCAAUGCUUGAGAUCAAGUGGCAGCUCUAUAAAUGUUACAAUAUAUGACAGGAUAGGCAUUAAGAAGUUUGACAGAUAAAACUCAAAAGCAAACCCCAUUAGGACACCCACAUGAUAUCUAAGCACAUGUGGCUCAUUUUAUCCUGUACCUUGUGAGUGGGGUAUGAACACAGUUUCAAAAAUAGUGCCCCUUGGGAUCCCGAAGGGGGCCAGAAACACAAAAUCUAAUGACAGGUUCAAGUUCAUUGACCCUGUAAAUCUAUUCCUAGAUUCCAUCCCUGGAUGACUUUCCAGGCACAUUUUAGCCCCCAUUGAUAGGAGACAAUAUUAUAGAUAAGGUCACCCCAAAACUGCCUGCAAAAUUUGGUUCUGCUUGCUUCAAAACUGUGGGAGGAGUUCGUGGUCAAACACACAAUGUAAAAUAAUAUGAGAUAAUAAAACCUUAUAAAGGUUAUUUGUUUUUCCACUAAAUUUGCUUUUAUAUUGCUUUAAAUUCUAUAAACUUUUAAGCCAAGCCAACUCGUACAUCUAUGUAUUAUUAGACUAAUUUCUGAGGACAUUUAUUACCAGGGUUAUUAGUAGGAAUGGAUGUGUAUCACCAGUUGGUAACUGUAUAAUCAUUUGGUAUUAUCAGAUUGCUUCAUAGAAACCAAGUAACUAGGCUGAGCCUUACAAACUUGUAUUAUCAUUUAUUGUAACUUAUAAUAGGCGAUGAAAAACAUUUUGCAUUAUGGAAUUUGUAUAAAAAUGGUUGUUGUGUUUCCUUAUGUAAUUUGUUUGUUUUGUAGUGGCCAGUUUUAAUCAGAGCAGUUUGGUGUUAUUCCUAAACCACUGCCAUGAUAAAUCAAGUGUACAUGAUAUUAUAGCUUCAGCGAGUUGCUCUUUGUUACACAUUUGUACAGUACCAAAUAUUUGCAUGUUUCUGUUUGUAGGGUAGUUGUACAGUGUUUUUGUACAUUGUAAAAUUGCUUUGUAAAAUGUUCAGGCUUGCUUGCUUGUGUACUCAGUCAUUGACUUGAGAAAAUCCUUUUUUCGAAUAAUCACCCAACAGCCUUUGGGUGCUGACUGGCAAGACCACACAGAUACUGUGUUUGAAUGUUGAUAUUUCUGUAACAAUUCUACUACAUGAAGUCUGCAUCAAUUAAGUAAGGAAUGUGCCAGUUCUACCCAAGAAAGCUGAAAUUCUUCACAGAGAUCUAGGCAUGUGAUAGGAAGAAUUUAUCUUUGGCAGCUACUUGUAUUGCUCAUCAUCCAUAUUUUAUACCCAAACUGUUGAAGUGUAUAUAUAUUUUAGUCAGUUAUAAGAAUGUUACUGUUCUUGUUUCAAUUUCAGUGUUUUCAUGCUAAGAGUAUCACUCACUAUUUGGUCUUGUAUAUUGAUAAUUAUUUAACAGGUUCAUGGUCACAAAAAACCCUAAAUUCUACUUGAGGCAGAAUGACAAUGAUGAUGAUUUCAACUAACCUGGCAUUUGUAAACAUCUGUUAUUAAUUUUACUUGGCAAUCACGGGAUGAUGUAGCCUGUAGUCGACCAUGAGCGUGUUAAAUAGCAAAAGGUAUCUCUGCUGUAUUAUAGCCAGUCCGUGUUCUCUUGUUAAAAUUAUCUGCCACACUUACUGGCAUUCUGAACUUUUAUGGAAUCAUCUUUGUUGACUGAAAUAAGAAAUAAAUGAAAUACUCUUACAA